AAGCUUCUCUUCCACGACCAAACAUUUCCGUGCCAUCGCCGCCUGCAGCGAAGAACAACAAACACAACGUCUGCUUUAUUCUUGUCGCAAGCCAUCAGCCCGCACCAAAACAAAAACAGCCACUAUGAAGCUCCACUACAUUGGUAUUGUCCGCAACGAGGGCAAGCCUGCCCAUGAGAUUGCUGCCGAAAAGGAACUCAGCGCCUACUCUCGCUUCACAAGAAACAACUAUGGCGAAUUCAUGACGCUGUUUGCAAAGACAGUUGCCGAGCGCACCCGACCCGGCCAGAGACAGGACGUUGAGGAGCAAGACUACACCUUCCAUGCCUACGGCCGAACAGAGGGCGUCUGCGGUAUCAUCAUCUCCGAUCACCAGUACCCUGCCCUCGUGGCUCAUCAGCUUCUCAGCAAGGUGGUAGAUGAGUUUCUCGCCAAGAACCCGCGCUCAUCUUGGGCCACUGGAGAGCCUCAGUUGCCCAUGCCCGAGCUCAAGGAAUACCUGACCAAGUACCAAGAUCCUCAACAAGCCGACAGCAUCAUGAAGAUCCAAAAGGAGCUCGACGAGACCAAGAUUGUCCUACACAAGACUAUUGAAAGCGUUUUGCAACGUGGAGAGAAGAUUGACGACUUGGUUGCCAAGAGCGAUGGACUUAGCGCUCAAAGUAAAAUGUUCUACCAGCAAGCAAAGAAGCAGAACUCCUGCUGUAUUCUUAUGUAAUCGGCCUGGCACGCCUUUUUAAUGGUUAUAUCCCAGGAUGGCUUGGGAUGACCACCUUGCCGUUUCACAAUAAUCCCAAACGUACCAGUUUUCUACACACUCCAGCGCUAACCCCGGUUCAUGCAUGGGGCUGAAAGCGCCUCGGCCUCGGCAUGAUGGUGCACUGCAUACCGCCAAUCAGACCACUCUAUACCAAGGACCUUGCACAUUCACUGCAUCAACUCCUCGUUUGAACUUCGACAAAAUGCGCUUCCCCCCCCCCCCCC